AUGGACGUGGAUGAGGAAGAAACGUUUGUUGCAUGCGGAGCCAAGUUCACAAGCGAUGGGAAGCUUGCUAUAGUGUUCGGCGCCAACAGACUCGGUUCCAACACUGGCGACGCUUUCUGGCAUAAGAACCUGGAGAAGGGUAUUAGUCUGGCCCCUACUACGGACACACUGAGCUUCUAUGCCCGCAAAGGCAUCCGUGAGGACUACGAGCCAGACAUUGCCGACGUACAGUCUGAGCUGAAGGAUAUCCUCCACAGGGACAUUACUUUACACCCCCACUUCGAGGAGGUUUAUGAGAAACUGAAGCAGACCAAGGACGGAACCGACUUUCAUCAAUACCUCGGUGCAUUUAUACUCAACUACUUCCGUGGCCUGGUCAGUACGUUGAAGUGGCGUAAAUUCGACAGCGAUGACAUGCUGCAAGAGGCGUUGAAUGAGGCUAUGGAGAAGGGAGAAGUUCAUUUUCGCAUCCUUGAUACAGUUGAGGGAAGCAGUGGAGAGGCAGCCAUUGAAGAUGGAAUACUCUACUUGCAGACAUCCCCCGAUAAGUGGGGAUCAAACAUUGACGACAUCUCCAACAACAUCAUGGACCUACUUUAA